AUGGCGGCGCCCGCUCAGUUCAUUAAUUAUGUGGCUGCAGAACAGCUUGCUAGGUCGUUCGAUGUUGCAGCGGCGAUGCUAUUGGUAUACGACUGCUCACUGACGUUGGGGAUGGAGAUUGAGUUUGUGUGGUCAUCGCCAUGGGGGUUUAUGACAGGGCUUUAUAUCGUUCAGCGAUAUUUGCCUUUCUGUGACGCGAUUUUUCUCUGGCUGCCUCCCCAAUUGGCGGUAAAUAUCGACCCAGGUGGCUGCCAUAUUGUUGAUACGAUACGAGGAUGGUUGAUGAUUUUUGGCUGGAUAUUGUCCGAAUCAAUCUUGACUCUGCGCGUAUGGGCAGUAUGGAAACGAGAUCGGCACAUGGGUGUCUUUCUGAUAUCCCUAAUUACGCUUGCAACCGUGGCGGAGAUAUAUGUGACGGGAAUCUUCCUUCGCGACCUGCAAUUUAGUAUAAAGCCAUACCCAGAAUUUGUCGGUUGCUUUUUCACCAGUGCAAAUCACAUCGUGUACGUGAAUUGGGUUGUAUUCAUGAUUUACGAAGCUGUAAUACUGGUCUUGAUGAUAAUUCCUGGAAUUGCUUCCUAUCGGAGAGGAGGGAAUGCUGAUCUGCAUCACGUCAUAUAUAGCGAAGCAAAAGCCCUUUCAAUAGUCAACGUCGUAGUCGUGUGUACACUCUCUAGAGACUAUCUCGCCGUUAUUUCUAAUGUGGAACGCGUACUCCAUGCACUGUUGACGAGUAGGGUCGUGCUCCAUAUUCGACAAUACAUAAAAAGGCCUCAAUCAUCGUGUACUGAUGGUCUUACAGACCUACACGUCGACCUGGAUGCUAGCCAACCGAAAAACCGAUUGCAAAAACGAUGGAGAUUAUGA